GUCUUAUUCUUCUAAUUGCUUCUCCAGGCAGACUACUUGAAAUCCACUGCAUCCUAAUUUCCUUUCAGAACACCAUCUGAAAAAAAAAAUGGAAAACGACACCAAGAUAACUGAGUUCAUUUUGGUUGGGUUCAAAUCUCAUCCAGGAUCACAACUCUUCCUCUCUGUUCUCUUUUCAAUAAUGUAUGCUGUCACUGUUGUAGGAAAUGUCUGCAUGAUACUCAUCAUUAGAAUGAACUCCAAACUGCACACUCCAAUGUACUUUUUCCUAGAGAACUUGUCAACUUUGGACAUCUGCUAUUCCUCUGUCAUCACUCCCAGAGCAACACUGAUAUUCUCACUGGACAGAAGAAACACUUCCUACAAUGGCUGUGCUUCACAAAUGUUCUUCUUCUCUCUCUUUGGUACAACAGAAGCCUUCUUUCUUGCUGUGAUGGCUUAUGAUCGCUUCACUGCCAUCUGCAAUCCACUGCUGUACCAAGUGAUUAUGAAUAAAAGACUCUGUGUUUUCAUGGUGAUGGCCUCUUAUCUGUCAGGCUGCAUCAAUUGCACCAUCCAGACAGGCUUUACAUUCAGUUUGUCCUUUUGUGGGCCCAAAGAAAUAAACCACUUCUUCUGUGAUGUUGCUGCAGUGAUGCAUGCUUCCUGUUCAGACACACUCGUCAAUGAACUAGUAAUGCUGGCUGUGUGUGGAUCCAUUAUUGUGGGCACUGCCUUGGUGGUUUUUAUCUCCUAUGCUUACAUAAUCAUCACAAUUGUCCAAAUGCCUUCAGCUGAAAGCAGGCACAAGGCCUUCUCCACCUGCUCUUCUCACAUGAUGACCAUCUGCUUGUUCUCCGGGACAGUUUUCUUCAUGUAUGCUCAGCCUGGGGCCACAUCUUCACCCGACAAAAGUAACACCAUCUCGAUCUUCUAUACUAUCGUUAUUCCCAUGCUAAACCCUUUCAUCUACACCCUUCGAAACAAGGAGGUAAAAGGGUCUCUGAAAAAACAAUUAAAAAGGAAAGGUUUUUUUUAG